AUAAAAAGUUCUGAAGUCAACAAAUUGUAUAUCCGUUUGCCAAUAAACAUCAAAGACGAAGUAUUUAUCAAAGAUUUGCAUCCGAAUAUUGUUAAAGUUCAAAUCCCUCGACAGAAAAAGCGUUGGUGUUUCGCCGAGUUCCGGAGCAAGGAGGAACUGCUAGAAGCAAUUGAGGAUCUAAAGAAGAUAAAAAUAAACAACAAAUCAAUUCACAUUAAAAGGUGGUACAAGAAGUCCAACAGGAAGGAUAAGCCUAAGCCUACUCCAUCCGAAGGAGCCACCACGGAAUCAUUAGAGACUCUUCUAAAUCAGAAUUGA